UCAGGAUAGGUUGCCCAAGAUCAGCUGACCGAUACAGGAGGCGUAUUGAGCUCUUCAGACCAGAUACUACAGAUGUUUGGUUGUGUUCAUAUUUUCGCAAGAGGAUAAUGGGUGAUACGUAUCAAUAUCCCGUUUUCUUUGAGUGUCAAAGUCUGCUGGGGGAGCAGAAGAAGAGGAUAGAGAAAUAUUUUCGUAUUCGCCGCAGAUCAGGUGGAGGCGACUGCGGACCGCUGAGGAGAGUGAAUGAUAAAGUUUACAGCAUUACCUUCAAAUGGCAAAGAGAUCAGCAAAGAGUCCUGCAGAGACCUGAGCAUGUUGUGGAGUUUCCAGGUGGUCGUCUGGCAUUCACUGUCCGAGACAGUCUAGAAACUCACACCUCCUCUCCCACUACCACGUCCACUCCAAACCAGGAUUCAGCAGCUCCAGCACAGAGCUCACUGUCUAUUCCUGCCUCAACUCCUCCACCAAGUGAUGAAGCACAUGAACUACAGCCUGAUAGGUCCCCCCGUCCUUACCUACAGGAAGAGAAAGAAGAACUAAAGAAAGAAAGGACAGUUUCUAACAUGAGCACACAUAUGUUGGACUUUCUGAAGAAGGCUUAUGGAGGUCCAGGAGUGCUAGGUGACUUCUUAGGGUUUGAUAACGAGGUGGAAAUAGAGUUACGAGACACAGAGCUACGCUUAUUCUCCUUCUCUGCUGGUAAACUUGAUGAUGCAGAAAAAGCACUGCAGGGUGAGUUCAUGGAAGUAAAGACAGAUGUUCCUAACUGUUUAUCUUCUGAGCUUUGGAAAAAGCUGAAGUCUAAGACAAAUGAGAUGAACCAAGGGCAAUGGAGGGCUCAGGUCUUGUUUGGCUCAGACAGCACAGUCAACUUACUGGGCCACACCAAAGAGGUUGAAGAGCUGAAUGAAACGGUCACACAGUUUAAUUUGCAAAGAACAGUCCAUCUCCCUGUCCCAGAGGUAGCACAAGACUUAGUUAAUUUGAGUGAAGGGAACACAGUAGUUGCCAGCUACAGUCUUUGUGAUGGGCUGCAGGUGUUGGUGUGUCAGGGUGACAUCACCAAACAGGAAGCGGAUGCCCUGGUUAAUGCUGCCAAUGAAGAUCUGGACCACUGUGGAGGUGUUGCUGCUGCACUGAGUAAAGCAGGUGGUUCUGAAGUACAGAGAGAGAGCAAUGACUUGGUAAAGUACACUGGGAAAAUUCAUACAGGUGAUGUGGUAGUGACAACAGGGGGGAACCUAAAGUGCAAGAAACUGCUGCAUGCUGUUGGACCUGUAGCUGGAAAAGCAGGUGGCAAAGAAAAGCUCUUGCUAGAAAAAGCUGUAAAUUCUGCUCUAAAUUUGUCAGAAAUCAUGGAGUUUAAGUCUAUAGCCUUACCCUGUAUCAGCUCAGGUGUGUUUGGUGUUCCUGUCACUGUGUGCUCUGAGGCUAUUGUAACUGCUGUAAAAGAGUUUGGUAGUCAGGGAGGGCGAAGUCUGAGCAGAAUCAUCCUGAUUGAUAACAGGGGAGAGGUGGUGAGGGCCAUGCAGGAAGCAUGUGACAGGCUUCUCCAAGGGAUAAGUCCCAGAGACAGUAUGCCAAGUGGGAUCCCGACAGGUGAUUUGGGGUCCCUGAUGGAUGCCGCUGCGAAAGACACCGCAAAAGAAGUCAUGACUGGAGCUCCUGAAGGCCGUGUUCAUGUUGAGGUUGUUCAGGGAACCAUUGAAACACAACAGGUGGAUGCUCUGGUAUCUCCUAUGGUCGGCCAUGAUCCUCUCUCGACCCGUGUUGCAAACACUUUGUACAAAAUGGUUGGAUCCCAGCUGACUGCGAGGUUUAGAAAGAAAGCAGGAGAAGAGACACUUCCUGGUGAUGCAGUUCUGGUGGAGAAUUUGCCUGGACUUCCAUCCAAUGCAGUGUUAUUCCUCAACCUCAUUCCUUGGGAUGAUGACGAAGAUGGAACUGCAGUUCAGGUUCUGAGAGUUGGCAUCAACAAUAUCCUGACCUCCUGUGAAAACAAAGGGUUUGGAUCUGUUGCUCUCCCUGUGCUCGGGGCUGGGAUCGCCUUGCGUUUUCCUGACAUUGAGGUAGCCAGGGUUCUACUAGAGGAAGUUCAGAAAUUUGAACAGAGCCGAGCCAGUAAAACGCCGUUCCUGGUCCGAAUCACUAUCCACCCCACUGACACAGAAGCUAGUGAGGUCUUCAAAGCUUUCACAAAAAAUAUUCAUUCACCAGACCAAGUGUCAACUUCAAAAAGGAUCGUCCUGUUGGGAAAAACUGGAUCUGGGAAAAGCAAUCUAGCAAAUACCAUAUUUGGAGAGGCCGAAUUGUUUGCCACAUACAAUUCUCCCAACUCUGGAACAACUGAAUGUCAAACAGAAACCAGAACUGUCAAAGGAAGAAGCAUCACUUUGAUCGACACUCCUGGAUUUUUUGAUUCAGAAAGGUCUGAGGAGGACAUCAAGCCUGAGAUCAUGAGCUGCAUCACAGAGUGUGCUCCUGGGCCUCAUGCUUUUCUCAUUGUGCUCAAAGUGGAUAGAUUCACUGAGCAUGAGCAGGCUGUCAUCACUAAAAUUCUUCAGUAUUUCUCUGAAGAUGCUCUGAAGUAUGCUGUAAUUGUCUUCACUCAUGGUGACCAGCUCCCUAAAGGAAAGACAAUUCAGGAUUUUGUCAGUCAGAAUAAGAAUCUGAGUGAUCUGGUGAAGAAGUGCGGCAGCAGGUGCCACGUCUUUGAUAAUAAACACUGGAAGAACAAACAGCAAAAUAACUACAGGAGCAACCAGUUCCAGGUCGAGGAACUUUUGAACACAGUAGACAAGAUGGUGAUGGAAAACAGUGGAGGCUACUACACCAAUGGGAUGCUGCAAACAGUGGAGGAAGAAAUAAAGAAAGAGGAAGAGCAGAUCAAACAGUCAUCAGGAAACAUGCAACAAGAAGAGAUUAGACAACAUGCAAAAAGAAAUGUGUCUAAUAGGUUUUUGAUCCAACUGGCGGGAACUGCAACAGGGGCAUUGUUAGGAGCCUUUUUCGGUGUGGAAGCGCUGCUUAGAUUAGUUAUCAAGGAUGUAAAAGGCCCAGAAUUGAUGAAAUAUAUGAAAGGAUUUCUAAUAGGACGAGCACCAGCAGCAGCAGCAGCAGUAGGAGCAGAAGCAGCAGUAGUAGCUACUGGAGCAGCUAUAGGUUUGACCACAGCAGCCUUGGCAACAGGAGUAAUGGGUGGUAUUAUUGGACAUGAUGCGGCCGAGGGAGCAGAAACAGCAAUGGAGGCAGCAGAGAGGGCAGCUAAUGCUGUCAGGGACAAAAGACAGUCAGUCUUAAGGCUGCAAUAACUGAUUCUGUUUCUGGAAGCAAAACAAUAUGAAAGUAUAUGGUUAUCAAAUAUUAUUUCUUUGACACUGAGUUGCAGACAUCAAGCAACAUUUGCAGUUAUUGUUGUGUUGUGUUUCUGGCCAUCUGGUGAAUCUUUAUCCACUAUUCAGUGUCUUUUAACUCUGUUUUUGUUUCAGCCAAGCCUAAGAGGGACAUAUUUGCUCUUUAGCUGCUAAGUGCUAUACUUUAUUUACCACAUGGGUUGGUGCUGAACAUCACAUACAGUGGGUUUAUCAGAAACUUGCUAAAAACAUCAUGGUGUCCAUGAUGGGGAGAGGCUUGUGUGGCUCAGUUCUUACCUGUUGGUGGCACCUGGGAUUUGCUCGACAUCCUCUCAGGUCAUAAUCUUCAUUAAUGUUUACAAUCUAUAAUGCUGUACAUACUGUAAAUUGACUAUGCAAUGCACAAUGUAGAUCUGUCCAUUUAAAAUAUAAUCCCAGUCAUCUAGGUUUUUUUUUUUUGAGUUCAUACAAGGAAAGACUCACCUGCAGUACUUAAUAAAUCCUUUACAAUCAC